UUUUACCGUAUCGUUCGAACAAAAAAUGAGAAAUUCUGAUUUUUUUUAACAAUUUUGCAAUUUCAGGGCAUUUUAGCGUUAUUUGCAACUGCCGCAAUCAUUCCCGUAAGAAAAGUAGACCGAGAACUGAAAACCCGUAGCAUGAUAAAGCAUAGAGACAGCCGGUAGGCGACACUGUGAUAACGCUUAUCUUCUCUGGAGAGGAUUCGCAGAUAAAAAGCCAUUCAACCACCAGUAGAUAGUUAAUAAAAUAGGCAAUCGAAAGCGAUCACGAGCAAAUAAUCAAUUCAAGAUCCACUGAAAUCGUCAUCAUGGUACAGAAACACCAUGUCGCCGGGUACGAGGCGUUCGUUGCGUUCAUGAAGGACUUCAAGGGAAACGGUGGCUCCAUCAAUAUUCUCUUCACCGGUGCCAAACUGGAAAACGGACAGAGCUGGUGCGGGGAUUGCGUUGAAGCGGCCCCGUUCAUCGAGAGUGCAGUCGAGAAGGAUGCUCCGAGCGAUUCUCAUUUCAUCUACGUAGACGUUGGAGAUCGACCAACCUGGAAAGACAUGAACAACUCAUUCCGUAAGGACGUUAAUACUCAUCUCUCCGUCAUCCCGACCCUGAUUCGCUGGAAGAAUCCCCAGCGCCUUGAGGGGGAACAGUGUGCAAAGACCGAUCUGUUGCAGCUGUUUUUCAGUGAAGAAGACUAAUCCGGCGACUCACGGAUUCAAAUGGAACAGUAAAAUCUAUUCAAAAUAUAAAAAGGAGCCCUCCGCCUUUUACAGAGCA